ACGACACUGGAUCAGGUGUCUACUUAUGAUUGAUCAGAGUUGGGCGGUAACAUGAUCUGAAAAUGUUGAGAUUCAAAUAAUUCGUAUGACCGAUUGACCAAUAAUAAUAACAGAUUAAUACAUAAGUUGCUUAGCAGAAAAAAGCAAUAAUAAAUAUAAUGCUCUAAAGCUAAAAGUCAAAGUGACAACCCAUGCAUCCUUGGAGAGCGGCGUUUUUGGAGAUCCAAAAGCAAAUCAAGUCUGAAUUUAUAAUUCUCAUAAUCCAUCUAUACACUAGCUAAGUUUUUGCAAAUAAUGAACUUAUAGUACUACUAUCAUUUUAUGAUCAGUAGACAAAAGUGAGGUGAUAUAUAUAUGUAUAUGUUUUUAAUAUUUUCAUGAUUUGUUUUAAAGUUGUAUUUAUGGAAGUGGUGAUGAGUGGGAUGGGGGAUACAAAACUUGAAGUGUGGAAUCCCAUACCAUUACUCUUUCCCCCCCACGUGCUUUUCAGUACGGCUUGAUUGAUGAACUGUUACCUUUCGUAUGCCAGUUGCCAGUAUUUAUCACUUGAUGUAUCGUCCAUAAGUCAUCUAUCCCACUAACAAACCAGCUAUAAAUACAUGACCUGACCUGAUCUCACCAAUCAUUUAACAAUCUAUAUUGCCCAUAUAAUACUUAAUAAUCCAAAUCCAUCUAGUACAUAGACAGUAUCAGCUAUAUAAUUAAGCAAGUAGCUAGUAGCUAGUUAUCUAUCGAAGAUGCAGAAUUACGAGGUGGUGAAGGAAUUGGGAUCUGGUAAUUUUGGGGUGGCCAGGCUCAUGAGGCACAAACAAACUAAACAGCUUGUUGCCAUGAAAUACAUUGAGCGAGGACGGAAGAUUGAUGAGAAUGUGGCGAGAGAAAUCAUAAAUCAUAGAUCAUUGAGACAUCCAAAUAUUAUUCGUUUCAAAGAGGUGUUAUUAACACCAACACACUUGGGGAUAGUUAUGGAGUAUGCAGCAGGUGGUGAGCUCUUUGAUCGCAUCUGUCAAGCAGGGAGAUUCAGUGAACCUGAAGCUCGAUACUUCUUUCAACAGUUGAUCUCUGGAGUACACUACUGCCACAACAUGCAAAUAUGCCACAGAGAUCUGAAAUUGGAAAACACACUGUUAGAUGGAAGUCCUGCACCUCGUCUUAAAAUUUGUGAUUUUGGUUACUCCAAGUCUUCUGUGUUGCAUUCACGGCCCAAGUCCACUGUUGGAACUCCAGCUUAUAUUGCACCCGAGGUUCUAUCGCGCCGGGAAUAUGAUGGCAAGUCGGCAGAUGUAUGGUCAUGUGGAGUGACUCUAUAUGUGAUGUUGGUGGGAGGAUAUCCUUUUGAAGAUGCAGAUGAUCCCAAGAAUUUCAGAAAAACAAUUUCAAGAAUAAUGGGUGUUCAAUACAAAAUCCCAGACUACGUGCACAUAUCUCAUGAAUGCAAGCACCUUCUUUCUCGCAUAUUUGUUGCCAGUCCUGCCAGGAGAAUCACACUAAAAGAUAUCAAGAACCACCCAUGGUUCUUGAAGAGCUUGCCAAAAGAACUUACAGAAUCAGCUCAAGCAGUAUAUUACAAAAGAGACAAUCCAACAUUCUCCCUUCAGAGCAUUGAGGAGAUCAUGAAAAUAGUAACGGAGGCAAGAAAUCCACCACCUACAUCAAGGCCUGUUCCGCGAUUUGGCUGGGGAACUGACGAAGAAGAAGACGGAGAGACCAAAGAAGAGGAAGAAGAAGAAGAUGAAUAUGAAAAACAAGUUAAGCAAGUUCAUGCAAGUGGAGAGUUUCAUAUCACACAUGAUGAUGCUUAAGCUUACCAUUUCUCAUUUGAUUUUGAUGUUCUGUACAACUAAUAACUUGGCCCUAUUCCCUACAAUCAACGAACUUUUCAUAUAUACUACUUAAUAUAUUACUACUUAUAUGGAGACUCCAGGAUCAAAUGCUUCCAUCUCAAGGCCUAAUGGAAGGAUACUUCUUUCUAAGAAGAUAUUACACUUCACCAGAAAUGGGGUU